GGAGAACCAGAGUAGGCUGGCUGGAGGGACUAGCAGGGGUGCAGCCAGGAAUUCUAGGCUCCAUUAACCUUCCUCUGGUGGUAGCUUUCUGGUAUAAUUUCUUAUUUUAACGGGUCGGUUUUGACCCGUGUAUUAAAUCAGCUAUAAAAUACACUAAAAACAUAUCAUAUGCAGAAUAAGCUCAAACUGGCUAUAAUUGGCCAGAGCCUGUUUGGUAAGGAGGUGUACAGCAACCUGAGGAAAAAGGGUCACAAGGUGGUGGGCGUGUUCACGGUACCUGAUAAGGAUGGCAAGGCUGACCCCCUUGCCUUGGCAGCCGAGAAGGAUGGCACACCUGUGUUCAAGUUCCCCAGGUGGCGCGUUAAAGGAAAAGCCAUCCCGGAGGUGGUGGAGGCCUACAUGGCGGUGGAUGCCGACAUCAAUGUCAUGCCCUUUUGCUCUCAGUUCAUCCCCAUGAACAUCAUCGAUCACCCCAAACACGGCUCCAUCAUCUACCACCCCUCCAUCCUCCCGCGGCACAGAGGAGCCUCAGCCAUCAACUGGACCCUGAUUGACGGGGAUGAGAAAGCUGGCUUCACGGUGUUCUGGGCCGACGACGGCCUGGAUACUGGACCAAUCUUGCUGCAGAGGGAAUGUACCGUUGAACCCAACGACACCGUGGAUACGCUCUACAACCGCUUCCUGUUCCCUGAGGGCAUCAAGGCAAUGGUGGAGUCGGUGCAGCUCAUUGCUGAUGGAAAGGCACCACGAAUCCCACAGUCGGAGAAAGGUGCAAGCUACGAAGGCAUCCAGAAGAAAUCCAAUGCCAAGAUCAACCUUGCUCAGCCAGCUCAGGCCAUCCACAACUGGAUCCGGGGCCAUGACAAAAUCCCAGGAGCCUGGACGCUCAUUGAUGGCCAGCCAGUUACCCUCUACGGGUCAUCGGUGCUGCAAGGAUCCGUUCCACCCGGCCAGCCACUGGAAGUGGAGGGAGCAUCUAAACAAAGCCUGGUGGCAAAGAACGGGCUUGUCCUACACGGGAAUGAUGGCAAAGCAGUCCUUGUCAAGAACCUGCAGUUUGAAGACGGAAGAAUGAUUGCCGCUUCAAAUUACUUUUCAUCCGGUGAAACUCAGAGUGUGGAAUUAACCGACAACGAGAAAACCGUUGUGGAGGAGAUUAGGAAUAUCUGGAAGGGCAUCCUCAGCAACGUUCUAGCCAUUGAGGACAACACGGACUUUUUCAAGUCUGGAGCCGCUUCCAUGGACGUGGUCAGGUUGGUGGAGGAGGUAAAGCAGCGGGCCGGUGUUGUCCUUCAGAAUGAGGAUGUCUACAUGGCUACCACCUUCCAGGACUUCACUCAGAUGCUGGUCCGUAAGAUGAGAGGUGAAGAAGACGAGAGCGAUCUGGUCAUUGACUAUGCAAUCCAAGAAGUCAACAACAUGACCGUGAAAAUGCCACACCAGUGUUUCAUCGAUGGCUGUUUUGUGGAUGCCGAGAAUGGCAAGACCUACGAUACCGUCAAUCCAACUGACGGAUCGGUCAUCUGUAAGGUGUCUUACGCCUCAGUGGGGGAUGUGGAUCGUGCGGUGGCGGCUGCCAAACAAGCUUUUGUUCAUGGGCCCUGGGGAAGGAUGAACCCCAGAGACAGAGGAAAUCUACUUUACAAGCUUGCUGACCUGAUGGAGCAGCACCAGGAGGAACUCGCCACUAUUGAAGCAAUGGACUCAGGAGCCGUGUACACUCUGGCCCUGAAGACCCAUGUGGGAAUGUCUAUCCAGACAUUCCGCUACUUUGCUGGCUGGUGUGACAAAAUACAGGGCAAGACGGUCCCCAUUAACCAGGCCAGGCCAAACCGCAAUCUCACCUUUACCAAAAAAGAACCAAUCGGUGUCUGUGCCAUCAUUAUCCCUUGGAACUACCCCCUCAUGAUGUUGGCAUGGAAAAGUGCUGCCUGCCUUGCAGCUGGAAACACUCUGGUUCUGAAACCGGCACAGGUAACGCCACUGACGGCGUUAAAAUUUGCAGAGUUAUCAGUGAAAGCUGGUAUUCCAAAAGGAGUCAUCAACAUAGCACCGGGCUCAGGAGGAAUGGUGGGUCAACGAUUGGCUGAUCACCCAGACAUCCGCAAGCUGGGUUUCACUGGUUCAACACCCAUUGGCAAACAAAUCAUGAAAAGCUGUGCACUCAGCAACUUAAAGAAAGUUUCUUUGGAGCUGGGAGGGAAGUCGCCGCUCAUCAUCUUUAGCGACUGUGAUAUGGACAAGGCUGUUCGCAUGGGCAUGAGCUCUGUGUAUUUCAACAAAGGAGAGAACUGCAUUGCUGCUGGGCGUCUUUUUGUGGAAGAAUCCAUUCAUGAUGAAUUCAUCAGCCGUGUGGUAGAGGAGAUAAAGAAGAUGAAGAUUGGAGACCCACUGGAUCGAUCCACAGACCACGGUCCGCAAAAUCACAAAGCCCAUUUGGACAAACUGCUGGAGUACUGUGAGGUCGGCGUAAAGGAAGGGGCCACGUUGGUGUAUGGAGGCAAACAGGUUGACCGACCAGGUUUCUUCAUGGAACCGACUGUGUUCACCGAUGUGGAGGAUCACAUGUUCAUUGCCAAAGAGGAGUCCUUUGGCCCUGUCAUGGUUGUGUCCAAAUUUAAAGACGGGGAUGUGGACGGUGUGCUGCAGAGGGCCAACGACACCGAAUAUGGGCUGGCGUCAGGCGUGUUUACGGCUGACAUUAACAAGGCCAUGUAUGUGAGCGAACACUUGGAGGCUGGAACCGUGUUCAUCAACACCUACAACAAGACGGAUGUAGCUUCACCUUUUGGAGGCUUCAAGCAGUCGGGCUUUGGAAAAGAUCUUGGAGAGGAUGCACUCCUGGAAUACCUCAAGACCAAAGCAGUGACUGUGGAAUAUUGACAAUAUUGAUAUUUCACACCACAACUUGAUCAAAAGGAAUAUUCUGCAGCAUUAUUGUUGUUCCAUCCAAACAAUGCAAGUCCAAGCCUACUGAUUUAGUAUUUCAUCAAAACACAAUCAACUGCUAUUCCACUGAUAUACAGUCUUCUGCCCCUGGGGGGCUGCACACGACACUUGCACCCCUACUGGUGGGGCUCUUAUUAACUCAUUUGGUACAGACUCAUGGAGAUGACAUGAGCCGCCUUUUUCAACCGUGGAAGACAUCGGCUUGGCCAACGUCUCCUCCAAGAAGGCGUCUCAUCCUCUGUAAGUUUCAGAGUGAUACAUAUUGUCGAAAUGAUUUUAUGCUUCCUCUUUUUAUAUCUCAUAGCCAGUAGCAGGGGUGCAGGCCUUUACUAAUUACUCAUUUGAUUAGUAAGUAGCUAUUUUUAGACCCCCUGGCAGUCAAGGACCUUGGAAUUGUCCUGACUUUUCCCUUAUCCGGCACCCCUGAUCGGAGCAUCCCUGGUUUCAGCCUCUCAUCCGCAGAGUUCUGGGUGCGACUUCUGGAAAAUGGCUUCCGGAGUGGGAACAUUUCUGAACGUCGUUUUUCUAAACGCAGCUCAACGGCUGUUUUGUCCAAAACGGUGAUGUCACUGUCACCUGACCAGAAGUAAGCUUUGACCACAAGCCAAUAUAAUAUUUUAAUGAUAUUUUGUCUUAUUCUCCAAAAUGACUUGUGGAAGUCAUUUGACGUGUCACGCGGUUCCGUCUGCGUGUCUUUCCACAGCGCCACACGCAGGUGUACCUUGUGUACUACAUCCUUUCCACCCGGUCAUCUGUUCCCGUCUGGAUGCAACUAUUUACUAUUUACCAUGUGUGGGAAAUAUAAGUCACUGACCAUUUCUCCACACAUGUCAACGUUUGAAAAUACGGGAAAUUUUCUGGAAAAUUCGUGAAAAAGGUUAUUUUGACGGCGUGACAUUAGCAGCUACUGGAUACAUUAGGUCAAGUGGAUCAGAAACUGGUUUUCCAGAAAGGGAUUUUUUAUUAUUAUUAUUAUUAUUUUUUAGAUAUGCAAACCUAUAAAAACCAAGAGGGCGCCAGGAAAACAGGAGGGUUGACUUUUGAAGAAUAUCUGCAUCAUCACACUUUUUCUUGGCUCGGUGUUUACGUUAUCUGAUUGAUAUGUUUUAAUAAGGAAGCCCAGUCUUCCCUGUCUCCACCCCCCAUCUCCAGCGGAACAAAAAUACUGAAACAAGCAUCAUAACAUUUUGAUUUUCCCAUGUAAUAAAGAACAUGCAUCAUUUGUUGCAUUAAAUUUGUAAUAGAAAUAUGUUUGUUAGUUGUUUUUGUUUACCAAUUUGAAUGCCUGUAGGUACUUUUCACCCACCCCGUAUUAAAACAGGAGAGCACCAGGAAAGAAAGGGAAAAUAAAGUGAAAAUGAAAAGGGGAUUGAAGUGCACAAGACCAGACACUGGAAGGUCAUGUGUCCUUUAAUCAAAGCACCAGUUGAGGAGGUCGUUAAUGAAGUAAUGAUGAAGUUGGACCUUCAUGAAAGAGACCCACC